AUGGAGGCCGUUGAACGACGGGAGCAAACCCGGCACCGGAAGCUUGGGCGAACGCCUCGUUCCUGUGAACCAAUCCUUGAAUCCGUGAAACAACCAAUCAUAGCACUGAGACUCUUGCUAACCUGCGACUGCACUUUGAGUCCACUGCUGACUUUCUUUUCAAUGGCAUUCGUUGGUGUCCCAUGUCGGUCCUCCGCAGAUGUAGAGUUGAAAAGACCUAUCCGACUUUUUGUUGAAAAAACCUAUGGUUCGGCAACUUUAGAUGCUGUUUCCGCGUCAAUAGAGAAGCUUAAUGAUUUACGUAAAGGCACUAUUCAGAGGUUGCGUGAUCGAACGCUAUCCGCCGCCCAUCAGAUUGCCAAUUAUCAUGAUACUCUGUUGCUUUUGGAGCCUCGAGUAUCCAUGUGUGAGACGGAGGCUCGAAUUGAUUGGAAGUGGACCGAUAUAACGGGCAAGCAGAAAAAGCUCUGCACCAGUCAGUUUGAACGGGCGAAUUUAAUAUUUUGUUAUGCUGCCAUGCAUUCUCAAAUCGCGGAGUCCGCUGACACCAAAGAUGCUGCUGGUCUGAAACAGGCUGUUAUCUCACUGAAGCUUGCAGCGGGCGCCUUCGACUACUUGGCCUCUAAUUCCUCCAUGUUUGGAUCCUCAGGGGAUAACCUUGUCGAUAUACUAAGUACGUACUCAGUGGUCAUGCAGGCCCAAGCACAAGAAUGUGUUUUCCUCAAAGCCGAACAAGGUAAGCGGGUUUUUAAAGCAAACAUGCCGUCGGCAUUGGUCGCCAAGCUUGCUUCGAAAACGCGAGAACUCUACGAAGAUGGUCUCAAACGAUGUUCGGUAUCCAGUGUGAAACCGCACAUUCCUCGGGUAGGUGUCAUCUCUUAUGACUCACCGUUUUUCAUCAAGGAAUGGUCUAGCAGCCUUUCCAUGAAGGCCGGGCUGCAUGCCGCCCUUGCUCAAUACUACCAGUCCAAAGCUUGCCAGGAAGCUAAGGCUUUUGGAGAACAGGUUGCUCGUCUGACAGUGGCAUACGAACUUAUGAAACCGCUUAGUCGUUCUAGUUCAUUCCCCCGACCAGGAAUGGCGGAUCAGAUCAAGCGUGAACGCGAUGUGGCUGUGAAGGACAACGAAUUCAUAUAUCACGAACAAGUGCCUGCUGGGAAGGAAUUGUCUCAGGUGCCAACAGAAAUUGCAAUAGGUAAAACGGAGUUACCUGUGCCCUUGUUGAAGGGCGAAGUGAAAGACUUAUUCACUGUACUCGUCCCACUGGGAGUUUUAGCAUCGAAGAACCAGGCUUGUGCUGUUCUUCGAUCGUUAGUCACAGCGGAAGUUCACCGGCUUCGAGAGGCAACCGACUCGCUCAAUGCUGUCAUGGUAUCUUUGAACCUUCCUGCUGCCAUCCAACUGACCGCCAACGAACAAGUUCAGAGUGGAUUGUUCGAGAACGUGGAAAAGAUAAGAAACCAGGGUGGCGUGGACCAGCUGCGUCAGCAUGUGUACUCCUUACCAGAAUCCGCCGAACGCAACCGUGAAAUUCUGAACCAACGUUUUGCGCCUCAACAAAACCCGGAUAUUUCUAUGCAUUUGACCAAAACGGACAUUCGACGUUCCGACCCAAAGCGACCCACUUCAGUUUCUCCACGUUUGUGUGCGUGUGAUCACACGCCUGAAGUGUUUGACCGUGAGCAGGGCUCCGCCAUUGAGAUUAACUUGCGUGUCGGGGUACCUGGAAUGGGGCAGGCAUCUCUAGGCGAUCGUAUCGAGUGCGAUUCACCGUCUGUUCCCACAGCAAUGGAAGAGGAGCAGUCACCUCCAAUGGCUACAGUCGUUUAUGUUGAAUCAUGCCAAUGGGCUAUCAAUCAACGCUUCAGUAUUGUGCUGCUCCACCGUGGCUGUGGACAGAAUGCAGAGGUAGUUAUAUGGGCACUGACUGGAUUUUGUGCACAGAGGAACAACCCACCCGAUUUCGUUGCCUUACAGCGCCUUUCGUUUCAUCCGGCCUCCUGUUUGGUUCUUCUUUACACACAAUAUUGUUUACUCAUUUCCUUCCAGCAACAAACCACUCUGGAUGAUGAAGAGAAGACGGACAAUAAUUUGAAACAACAGUUUGGAGAUCGAUGGACCCGUCAACCCUCUUCCAAACUAAAUGCACAGUGGCGUCAAGAUAUCGCAAAAAUGAUCGCUUUCCUAGGACAGGCGGCUGAAACGGACAAGAUGUUGGCCAAACGCUUCGAACAAGAUUUACCGAUGUUUGAACUACUUAGUAAAUCGAACGAUGAGAUUCUGGCUGCGAUUCGUGGAGAAAGCGCGGUUUCUGCCAGUUCACCUACUGGGAAUGAAGCUGCUCGAGAAGCUUUAGCGAGAACAUGCAGCCAAAUCGAAUCGCUCAAAGCCGAUCGAAACAGCCUAACCGACCAGAUGAAUGCCAUGAAACUCUCGGAGGACUUCUUGAAGAAACUAAUGGACAUUUAUGCAGCAAACAACCAAGUGACAGAACAGCAAAUAUUGGAUCUGUUGAAUGCUGAAUUGGAAGGAUCACGUGAGUGUGUUCGGGCCAGUGAGAAACAUCAAGAAGAUCUAUUGUCUGAGCUUCAAACCAACUAUGAGGCCUACUUUGGCAGGCAAAAGUCUAAUAAUGAGAGCGGUCUAGCUACUCGACUGACCGCUGCGGUGGACACAUUCCUUGCUUUGGACAAGGAUGUGAAAUCUGGAAUGCAGUUCUAUGCCGAACUGACCGAACGAUGUUUGAAGGUCCAGCAAAAGAUUGAUGACUUCUGUCUGGCACGAACAACGGAGAAGACAGAGCAUCUGGCCGACCUCACAACUAGUUUAGGACGCGUGAACAUCUCCGAAGCCCCGAGUGCUCCACCAUCUACUACGACGACCACAGCAUCUGCCCCGAAUCGGCCGCCACCUACAUAUACCCAACAACCCACUCCUCCGGUAAACCAACCGCCCGUUGGGGGCACUGCUCCACCCAUGAGCAUGCCUCCAGGACAACCUGGCUACGGGUGGCCGCCUCAACCUCCUGUUGGUUAUGGUGGAAUGAUGCCCCCAUAUCCUCAGUACGGCGUGCAUAUGCCGUCCUAUUCACCCUAUGCUGGUGUUGAUGACGAUGAUGACGGAAUGCGUAACACAUGGCCUGUCACCUUCUCUAGCAACGCUAGACGCAUUCCUCGAGUGAAAUACCAUCGAGGCUCCUUGCAGUAG